AUGGUAUCUUAUACCGUUAAAACUGAAAUUUCCUCUUAUGCACAUAAGACCCAGGGUGCUUCGGCACUUUACGAUAGUAAUAGCCCAGUCAUUCUUCUUUCUGAGAAUAAUUGGGCCGAGGAGGUUCUUUAUACGGAGAAAGUUGUGGUCGUAGAAUUUUUCGCGCCUUGGUGCGGACAUUGUAAAAAUCUUGCCCCUGAAUAUAUAAAAGCUGCAGAGAACCUAAAAGGUCUUGUGAAAGUAGCCGCAGUUAACUGUGACGACGAGGCUAAUAGAAGGAUUUGUGGUUCAUAUGAUGUUCAAGGUUUUCCGACUAUCAAACUUUUUCCGAGUAAGCCAAUUGAAGAUGAGAAUGUUGUUGGAAAAUUUACAAAGAAGCCUAAAGAUUAUCUUGGAGCACGAACUGCUAAAGCAAUUGUCGAUUAUGCUCUCCCAGAGAUACCAUCUUUCGUGCAUACAAUCUCUAACAGUUAUUCUAUAAGUAGAGCUUUAACAAUGGAUGAAUUUUUCUCCAAAGAGAAUGAUACUAUUUCAAAAGUGGUUCUUUUUACUAAUAAGGACCAAACAACACCUCUCUACAAAGCUCUUUCUUGCGAAUUUCAUAAUAGACUUAUAUUUGGUGAGGUCAAAGAAAAAGAGUCUGCUAUUGCUGAGAAAUUUGGAGUUAACAAAUUUCCAAAGUUAUUUGUUAUUCCAAAAGAAAGUAAUGAAGCCAUAGAAUUUAAAGUUGAUCCUGAAAUAUAUGAAAUCACAACCCAAUCUGAAUUAGAGUCCCAAUGUCUUUCAAAGCCAAUUGGUCUUUGUGUAUUCUCAUUCCUCAUACUUGAACCAGAGUAUCCAGAGUCUGUUGCUGAUCAUUCUAACAAUCUUGAAAUUCUUCGUAAAGUAAAAAAAAAAUUCCAUGAUCAAAGUAGCGUUGAUAAAAAACUUAGUUUACGAUUUUUCUGGUUUAAUGCCUUAUCAAAGGGAGCCAAGAAAUUGAUAAAGGAUUUUAAAUUAUCGGAUAUGUUUCCAAAUUUAAUGAUUCUUAAUCCAAAUCGAAAAGUUUAUCGACCUCAUAUUGGUCCAUUUGAUGAAGAAGGGGUUGUAAAGUUUUUGAAUGAUAUUGCAAAAGGACGCGGAAGUAGUUAUGAAUAUGGUUUUGAUGUUUUUAUUGACGAGAAAAUCGAAAAGAAAGACGAUAAAAAGAAGGAUGAAAAGGAAGAUGAUGAAAAGAAGGUUGAGAAAAAAGAUGAUGAAAAGAAGGUUGAGAAGAAAGAUGAUGAUGAGAAGGUUGAGAAGAAAGAUGAUGAAAAGAAAGAUGAUGAAAAGAAAGAUGAUGAAAAGAAGGUUGAGAAGAGAGAUGAUGAAAAGAAAGAUGAUGAAAAGAAAACUGAGGAAGAAAAGAAAUGUGGUAUAGAUGAGUUAGGAAAAGAUGGUGUUUGUAGUGGUGGUACACAUAAAACAGAGAGUAAAUCUGAUGAGAAAGAUAAGCCUAAAGAUCAUGAUGAGUUGUAA